ACCGUGAUACUUCUACACAGUCGGCGCUUGCCUCUGUCUGAGAUUCCUUUGGAACGUGAAGCUGACAUCUCGCUUGAUCAAGUACCUGAGCUCACUGGGGCCCAGCUUCAAGAAGUCCUCUCACGCAGCUCGGCAGCCUCCGCGAGUGGCCUACUGCCUGGUGUGUGCUUAGUAAGGCCUCGACGUCUUGCUGAUGAAGCCGACCGCCUGAUGGCCGGUCUCCUUGAUGGUCCUGUUAGUGGACGAGCAGAUUCUGCGUCUACAGCAGCUGUGAAUGGAGUAACUAGGCAGACGGUGGUUUCAAGGCAAGUAACUGCUCCUUUGCUCGACGCCGUGCUCGAAUCUCUGGUCAAUAUAGCCUGUCAGCGACCUCAGUUCAUGGACAAAACUCUCCAAGCAUUUGAAACAGUCCAUGGAACCAGUUUCUUCGGAGGAUAUGGGGUCGAAGCGGGUCAAUAA